GCGGAAGUGGCCACUGGGCCGCGGCUGCGGGCUGAAGGCUUUACGCCAGAGAUGGGCUCCAAGGCCAAGAAGCGCGUGGUGCUGCCCACCCGCCCGGCGCCCCCCACGGUGGAGCAGAUCCUGGAAGACGUGCGGGGGGCACCCGCCGAGGACCUAGUCUUCACCGCCGUGGCCCGGGAAGACCCCCCAGCCCCCUCGGGGAGGGCCGAGGACACUGAGGCCCAGCGGGAGCAGCUCUACCAGCAGAGCCGGGUCUACGUGGCCACGAACCAGCGGCUGUGGCGUGCGGGCGCCCAGCUGAAGCAGCAGCGUGAGGAGCUGUGGCGGGCACGCGAGGAGCUGGAGCAGGAGAGAAGGGACAGAUGCCGGCACAGGGUCCCCGGCCCCAGGAGCAGCUCUGCAGGGCGACUGUGACUUUAGAUCCACGGGACGACCGAGAGCAGCCCCGCCCAGAGCUGGGUUCUGCAGGGAGGCGGUGGGCGGCUCUUCGUGCAGGGGAAGCUGCAGGGUGGAGCCCACCGACCGCCCUGAGGCAAAGGACAGAACGGAGUCGGACUCAGAGGAGGCCUCGUGGGUGGCUGCCGCCGCUGCCUGGUGUAGCCACGUGACGAUGGAGUUGGCCCCCUCCUGGAUGGCGCGCCACUCGACGCUGUCCAGGUCUGAGGCGUGGUCCGAGCCCGCUGCCUCCUCACUGUGCUCUCGGGGCCCCUCUGCUGGCCUCUUCUCCUGCUGCACCGCUCUGGACUGGCGGCACCCUGGGCCAGACACCUGGGGCCGGCGCCUGGGCACGGCUGAGCCAGUGCAGCGCCGGAGCAGCUCUGCCUCGGCCCGCGGGCGGGGGGCGCUGUCCCGCCUGCCCCCGGGGCCUGGGUCCUUGGUGACCCCUGGCUCGCGGGCUCGGGGCCGGCUGGCUGCGCGCUCAAAGGGCUCAGGCUCGCUCAGGGAGCUGGCGGAGGAGCUCAGGGAGUAGCAUGGUGGCGUCUCAUCAGCGAUGAGGCUGGGCUGAGCCCGGGCUGGCGGCGCAACCUUGGGCGCGGCAGCCUUGGGCGGCGCGACCUUGGGCACGGCCUGCACCUCCUUCCUGCCACCAGCCGGGUACUCCCUCUUCACCGCGCGGGGGAUCGCAGAUGCCCGCCGCGGGGGUGCCACCGCCGCUGCCGCGGACGGCUCUUCGUCUGAGUCGUUGCCAUAGAAGCAGUACACGGCCUCCUCGGUGGGCGUCGUGAGGCACAGAGACUGCAGGGCCCCGUCCCCACGCGCCUGUCCCGGGCGGGAGCUGUCCCUGUCUCUGCAGGCGCUAGGGGGCCGGCAGAGGGGCAGCUCCAGCCCUGCGCGGCUCCUGCCAGCCCCCCGGGGCUGCUCUGUGCUCCGGCCCGUGCCCCCCGCCCUGUGCCGGUGCCCGGCGGGCUGCCUGGUGGGGGCGGCAUGGCCCGCAGCCUUCUGCCCCUGCGCAGGCCCGCCAUCCCCGGGGGGUCCCUGCAGUGUCUCCUCGCUGAGGGAGGUGGUGCUGGAGAAGGUGACCGGCGUGCCCUCGGCCGAGUCGGUGCAGGACUCAUCCUCCCGUGCCGGGGCGGGCACCAGCAUGUAGACGGGCACGGGCAGGGUGCGGUGGCCAGGCACCAGCGCCGAGGCCACCUUGCGGAGCCGGGCGGGCACGGUCCCACCCAGGCACUCGCGCAGCAGUUCCAGGUCCCGGUCGGUGGAUGUUGGCCCUUCGAGGCGGCCGCUGGCCUCAUCCCGUCGGCGGUGCCCGGGGCCCACGCCUCCCGCACUGCUGCGCUCAGGGCAGGCCGGGGGCAGCAGCCGCAGCUCCACGUCCUUCUGCACAUAGAGCUCAUGCAGGGCCAGCGCACUCAGGCUGGAAGCACACGAGAAGUUCUCGUCGGGCUUCUCCACGGUGAAGCGCACGCUGCCCGCGUCCAGCUCAGACGGUAGCCGGCAGCGCUCCCGGCAGUCGGCGAUGUCCAGGAAGCGCUUCACGUAGCUCUCCCACUGCAGGCUGAACUGGGUGACCUCACGCUCGCCCGGCGGCGCGGGGGCCGGCGGGGGCGUCUUGCUGCGGCUCGGUGGCAUGGUCUGCCCGGGGCUGUCGGGCAGCUCGCUGGGGCUGACUGUACCGCUGCCCAGCCCGCUGCACGGAUCGCUGGCGACGGAGCUGGCAAUGGAUGGGCUCUCGAAGCUGCCCAGCGAGCUGACCGAGCUGCAGCGGCUCAGCACCAGUGGCGUCUCCUGUACGCAGUUCUCAGACGAGCUGGACGGCGUGGCGUCCUCCACCCCCAGGCCCCGGCCCCGCUGAGGCACCGGGAUGGCCAUGGGCAGGGAGGCGGAGCCCGGCCCCUGCCAGGCCCCGUCCAGCCCGGCCUCGCUGGGGCCAGCCUCCUCCAGCCCCUCCAGGGACGAGUCGCUGUCAUCCAGGUCCCCGGCCUCACUGGGCCCUGGGCGGCCAGCCGAGGACAGUGAGGACAGGGAGCUGCAGCGGGAUAGGCAGAGGGGCGCCUUCUCCACCGCCAGCUUCUCGGGCACCUUGCUUAGGUCCUCUGCGGGCAGCCAGGCCUGUUUCCGGGCCCUGGGGGCCAGGGACCCCGCGCCCGCUCUGGUGGUGCCCUCAAGCAGCGGCACAUGCUGGUAGGUGGGCGACAGCUUGAUGGUGCACACGCGGGCAUCUGUGGCCGCGGUGUCCCGGGCCUUGGGCUCAACCUGGCCGCUGGGCAGGUUGAGGUCAAGCUGGCUGGGCCGCGCCUGGCCGCACAGGGGUCCCUCGCAAUGCUCGGCCAGCGCGGCCAGCGAGCAGGGCUGCGAGUGCUCGCGGGGACAGUGCCCGUCGCUGGUGCUGCCGCUGUUAAGACUGUCGUUUGAGAGGCUGGCGUGGGCCGCCUUGAGCCGCAGCAGCGGGUGAGCCCGGCUGCCGGCCUCUCGCCGCCCUGCCUCGGGCCCCCGGCAAGGGGAGCAGGAGUGCGCACGGCCCUCCCGUGGGGCCUCCUGCCCGGGAUCCCCAGAGCUGAGGCUGAAGCUGUCGUCAGACGAGGUGUGCAGGGCCGAGAUGUCCUCCACCAGCCGGUCGAUGCGCGCCACUGCCAGUGCCAGCUUGGCCUUGGCCCUGGCUGCCACAGCUGCCUCCCCGCCGGCCUCCUUCUCGGACUCCAGGCCGCCCCGGCGGGCGGGCGGGGUGCGGGCCAGCGCCUGGCCCUGCAGGAAGGGGCUGCCCAGGAAGAGGGGCAGCACGGCGGGGCUGGCGGGCUCGGCGGUGGCGGCAGCUGCGGUGGCCAGAGAGGGUGCGUCGUCAUCAUCAAAGCAGCCCGAAUCGGAAGCGUAGUCCUGGGCCAGGCCAUCCAGGUGGCGCAGGGGCGGCAGCGGCUUCUUGGAGGCGGCCUCGGCCUCGGGCAGGCCUUGCUUCUCCAGGUGGUCAAGUGCCUGCGCCAGGUGCCGCGCGUCCAGCGCAGCCUCCAGCGCCCGCUGCUUGCGCACGUACAGGCUGGGCGCACAGGCGCUGGGGGAGACGGCAGUGGCUGCCGCCUGGUACUUGGCGGGCCGGUGGGCCAGCAGGUUGCGCAGGGCGGCGGCGCUGCCCAUGGCGAUCAUCUUGUGCUUGGAGUGCACCAGGUUGCGCAGCAUGCCCACAGCACCCAGGUCCCACAGCAGCUCCUGGUCACCGGCGCUGCGGGCCGACAGGUUCCAGAGCGUGCCACAUGCGUUGCUCACGAUGGUCAGGCUGUGCGACGUCAGGUGCUGCAGCAGCGUCUGCAGGCAGUUGUGGUCCCGCAGCACCUGCCUGCGGGGGCCGGAGGGGUGAGGAGGGGCGGGAGGUGUGCGUCAGACCCCCGCCAGCCCAGACCCCAGCCCACCGGACACCCGCCCGCCGGCAGGACCGUGGCCACGUGGGGCAAGUCAAAACGGAAGGUGCCCAGGUAACAUUGCAUUUCAAAGGAAGGGAUACAUUUUUAGUAAAAGCAUAUCCCAAACAUUGAAUGUGCUGUACUUGUGUGAAAGGUUUCAUUUAUUAAUCUCAACAAACUAUUUAUGAAACAAUACUAAUGUGUUAACAUUACUUAUUAUUUACUUUUUCUUUUUUUUUUUUUUUUCCUGCUACGCGGCCCUCUCAUUGCUGUGGCCUCUCCCGUUGCGGAGCAUAGGCUCUGGGCACGCAGGCUCAGCAGCCAUGGCUCACGGCCGGACCGGGGCACGAACCCGUGUCCCCUGCAUCUGCAGGCGGACUCUCAACCAGUGCGACACCUGGGAAGCCCCUAUUACUUAUUAUUUAAAAUGAAAUUUCAUUAAAACCAUCUCAUUUUAUUUCUUUAAUUUUUAUUUUACAUUGGAGUACAGCUGAUUUACAGUGUUGUGUUACUUUCAGGUGUACAGCUAAGUAAUUCAGUUAUACAUGUACGUAUAUCCGUUCUUUUUCAGAUUCUUUUCCCAUUUAGGUUAUUACAGACUAUUGAUUGGAGUUCCCUGUGCUACACAGCUCCGGACACAGAGGUUCAGCGGCCAUGGCUGACGGGUCCAGCUGCUCCGUGGCAUGUGGGAUCUUCCCGGACCGCGGCACGAACCCGCGUCCCCUGCAUCGGCAGGCGGACUCUCAACCACUGCGCCACCAGGGAAGCCCCUGUUACUUAUUAUUUAAAAUGAAAUUUCAUUAAAACCAUCUCAUUUUAUUUCUUUAAUUUUU